GGGAGUACAGUUUUAUUGAUGGUAAUAUUGACUACAAACACUUGAAUAAUUUAGGGAGAAUCUUCUAGACAAGACCAAUAAUAAUAAUCUGUGUUUCAAAGGGGUUUUUAUUUUCUUUCCUUUCUCACAAACCAAACAAAGCUCAAGAGUUUUGAUUUAGAAAUAAUGGGUUCAAGAAAUGGGCAUGCCAAUGAUAAUUUUCUCUCUGUUAUUGCUAACAACUUUGAUGUUCUUGCUGGGCCAUUGGUUGCUUUAGUUUAUCCAUUAUAUGCAUCAGUAAAAGCAAUAGAGAGUGGUUCAAGAGCAGAUGAUCAGCAAUGGCUAACUUAUUGGGUGUUGUAUUCUCUAAUCACUAUUUUUGAACUCUCCUUUGCCAAAGUCCUCGAAUGGUUUGCUAUAUGGAGUUAUGCUAAGCUUUUCUUUACAUGUUGGUUGGUUUUGCCUCAAUUCAAUGGUGCAACUUAUGUUUAUAAGAAUUUUAUAAGGCCUUUUUAUAUGAACCCGCCUCAAAUAAGAACCCCUUCUACUAUGUGGUAUAUACCCAAGAAGAAUUUAUUCGGCAAACAAGAUGAUAUCCUCUAUGCUGCUGAGAAGUACAUUGAAGAAAAUGGAACUGAAGCAUUUGAGAGGAUCAUUCGAAAGGCUGAUAGAGAAGCCAGAGCAAGGAGGAAACACUACAUGAUUUUCGAAGAGGACCCUAACAGAUAUUACUAACAUUGUAUUCUAUCCUUGUGACUUGUGAGUUAGAGUAGUUGGUUGAAUGCUACUUGCAUCAUCACUUUCUUUCCCUGAUUUUAGCUUUGGAUGUAUAUAUAUAUUCUACCUCGUGAUGUGCUAGGAUUUUAACUUUUGACAUUAUUCUUGUUGUGAGGACGUUUGAUUGGUGACACUUGGAUCAUGUUUUUCUUCAUAAUUUUUUUAGCCCGUUUUGUAUGGAACCGUCUCAUAGUGAAACGACCUCAAUACAAGAAGUUCAUAAGCUAAAAGUUUUUAU